UGCAGUCCCGGCUCCCCCGGGGGGUGCAGUCCCGGCUCUCCCGGGGGCGCAGCCCCGUGUUCCGGCGGCCGGCGCGUCCCCGCCGCUGACGGACGCUCCUUCCCAGCCCGCGCCGCCGCUCUCUGCAGCCUCUCCCCGGGCCACGCUCCGGCGCCGCCGCCCGCCCUCCCCGGGUCCCCAGAGCAGCCGUCUCCAGGGAACACGGGGCAGCACAGGCCCACGGUGCUGGUCCCUGCAGGCGAUGGGGGCAUCGGAGCCCCCCAACUUCUCGUGGGUGGUGGAGGGGCAGCUGGCGGGCCUGGCCAUGCCACGGGAGCCGGGGCACUACCGGUUCCUGCUGCGCCAGGGCGUGCGGCACCUGGUGUCGCUGUCAGAGCGGGCGCCCCCGCACCACGGCUGCUGCCCCGCGGUCCAGCUCCACCGGCUUCGUGUGCCCGACUUCAGCCCCCCGACACCCGAGCAGAUCCAGAGCUUCCUGCAGCUGGUGGAGGAGGCCAAUGCCCGCAGGGAGGCUGUGGCGGUGCACUGCCUGCUGGGACACGGCCGGACGGGCACCAUGCUGGCCUGCUACCUGGCGAAGGCGCAGAAGAUGAGUGGCGGCGAUGCCAUCCGGGAGGUCCGGCGGCUGCGGCCUGGCUCCAUCGAGACGCGGGAGCAGGAGCAAGCCGUGAUUCAGUUCUGCCAGCGCAUUUGCGCUGGGGAGGACAGUGAGGAGGCGUGAGCGUGACCAUCUCCCCAGGGCAGCGUGUGCCGGACAGGUUCAAUGGAGACGGUCACUCCAAAAAGGAGGAGGGCCUUUCCCAGCCCCAAGGUGCUGCCAUCUGUCCUUUUCUGCAUUAAAGGACUCUCCUGUG